AUGGAUGAAGCAAUCUAAAUCAAAUAAUAUAUAUUAAAUGACGGAUUCGACGAGUAUGAUCAAGAUUAUCAUUUUAGAUUGUCACAACAACAUGUUGAAGAGGAAUCUUUAGAACAUUUAUACUAUUCCAUCAUCUAAUGCAAAUCAACAUAAGAUGAGAACGAUUCUAAUAAAAAUCAAUCCUAGAAGAGAAGAAUCAACGAUAUGAGAUUCUCCUAUCUUGAAGAUAAGAGAAUUUUAGAGUUGGUCAUCUAACUUGGUCCCAAUUUCAAUAAAAUUGUAAAAUAUUUCCCAGGAAAAACUAUGAAUAUGAUCAAGAAUCGAUAUUACAAAAAGUUAAGAUAUAAUAAGGAAGAGUAUUUAAGUGAUAUGGAAUUUAAGAAGACUAAUCAUAAAGGUAAAAAGAGUAAUUGA